AUGCACGCAGCUAGACGAGAGUCUCUUGUCAACAAGGUCGUGAUCGUCCCGUCGGUAAGAGCAGAGGCAAGAGGUGGAAGGGUUCUGCCCGCUGAAGAAGAGAAACCGUAUCCGCUAAAUUCACUUGCCGAGCUGCAUGGGACCUGCAGCCUCUCUGGGAAGGCACUUCUGGCCGGACAUUUGUCCAAUAUGGCCGCUGAUCUGGAAGAAGAAGAGGACUACCUAUCGAUGUCUUUCAGCGAGCCAACAGAAUCGGUCAAAGAGACAUCGCUACAACGGACAGCUCGUCUGAAAAAGGAAGCCGCAGAACGAAGCCGGCCACUUUCCAAAAAGGAACGAGCGGAAAAAGGAAAGGCUACCCGAGAUGCAGCACUCGCCACCCAAAUUGAUGCCUCAAACAAAGGUGCACAGAUGCUGGCCAAAAUGGGCUUCAAUGGUGGUGCGUUAGGGAAGUCCGAAAAUGCCAGGACCCAGCCGAUCGAGGUCCUAGUCAAGGACAAUCGAGGCGGCAUUGGCAUGGAUAGCGAGAAGAAGCGUAAGUUGAGGGAUGCUGCCGAGGAGGUUGUAGGGCAGGAGAAGAAAAGGAAGGUCGGCGAGGAGGAGUUCAGGUUGAGAGCUCGAGAUGAGAGAGAGGAGCGGAAGAAUGAGGGCCAGAUGUGGAGCGCGAUGCGGACGCUUGAAAGCUUUGAGACGGGUGCGUUUGAUGAGGGUGACGACGAAGAUGGUGGCGAAGAUGCCACGAAGACUAAAGACGCGGCAAGUUCAAGGCCGCUGAAGAGCAUCAAUGUGCUGUGGCGACCGCUAGUCAAGCAAAGACUCGAGAAGGAGCGCAAAAGACGUGCGCGCCAUGAUCUUGACCAGAGCCUCUCACGACGGGCAGACUAUGAUGAUCCCGAUGCCGAUGCUGACGACAAGCUUGCUCUGGGCACGGAAGUUGAGGAGCAGCUUGACGACGAAGAUGCUGAAUUGGACGAGUUCGAGGCUCUGAGCUUCGUGGAUAGGCUUGAGAAGAUUCUGGAGGAGUUGAGGACGGAGUGGAAGUAUUGCUUUUGGUGCAAGUACAGGUAUCCUGACCAGGAGAUGGAGGGUUGUCCAGGAACGACGGAGGAUGAGCAUGGCUGA